UGUGAAUGGUAGUAGUGCGAUCAGCUGUUCCCCGCGUUCCACAUCCCCCGAGUGAUUUAAAAUUGCUCCAAAUGACGUACAUACUCUAAUAAAAAUUGAAUGAAUUAAUUCUUCUCGAAACCUCAUUAAAUCGAAAAAUAAAUACGUGACGGGUCACUCACGUGUGUUCGUCACGUGUGUCCCAUCUUGAUUUUAACAAUCAUGACCUAGAUUUGGGAACCGGUGAAUUUCGGAAGUAAAACGAGCGGCUGCAGCUCUAAUUAAUUAACGAAAUAGCUCAUUAACCAUGGAUUGGAUAAGGAUAUCCCAGAUUCUGUGCAUGUUCGGGUUUCUCAAGGAAUUCAGACCUGGAGAGCCUUUUAUCACUGAUUACCUCACGUCUGAAUGGAAAAAUUUCACAUCGAAGCAGGUGACAGAAGACAUUUAUCCAAUUGGCACCUACAGCUACUGUGCAACCCUCGUCCUGAUAUUCCUCCUCACGGAUUUUCUCAGGUACAAGCCGAUAAUAAUCCUCUGCGGAGUAUCUGGAAUAGUCGCAUUCAGCGCCUUGACUUUCGGAAACAGCCUGGAAGUAAUGCAGUUCUUGGAGGUCAUGUACGGCCUUUAUCUCUCGACAGACGUGGCUUAUUACACUUACAUUUAUGCCAAAGUCGAUAGGAAGCAUUAUCAGAAGGUGUCGAGCUACACGAGGUCUGCUUUUCUCUUCGGGCGAUUCUUCGCCAGCACAGUGUCACAGCUAAUUAUAUCGUUUCGUCUCAUGAAUUAUCAUCAGCUCAAUUUUCUCACCAUUGGAGGUCAAGUUCUAGCAACAAUAUGGGCCUUAUUCCUCCCACCAGUGAAGCAGUCCGUGUACUUCCACCGUCCCGCCCCAAUUAAAGGAUUCAUAAUCAACUCGAGGGACUCCAACUGUGAAAAAGCGAUAACAGGCUCCGGGGUGGAGGCCUCGUGCGACUCAAAGGGUCAUCAGGUGUACGACACAAGGCCCCUCAUUCUUAAGAUAAAAACAGCGUAUUAUCUGCUGUGGAAGGACUUCCUGAAAGCUUACACGAGCUUUCACGUGCUCAAAUGGUCAUUAUGGUGGGCAGCAGCGUCUUGUGGUUAUCUCCAAGUGCUCAGUUACAGUCAGCCCGUCUGGCAAACUGCUGUUGAGAAAGAUGAUAUGAUAUACAACGGCGCUGUUGAAGCACUCUAUUCUAUCAUCGGUGCUGCUGUUGUCUUCGCCAUUGGAAGAUUAAGACUUAACUGGGAUUUUUUGGGUGAAGCUAUGCUAGCUGUCUUCACGUUUAUCGAAGCUAUCCUACUGUUUGUGACAGCACAUAAUUAUAAUAUUUGGGUUCUUUACACACUUUACAUCACCUUUGGGGUCAUUUACCAUACGAUUGUGACUGUGGCUAGUUUCGAAGUGGCAAAGAAGAUAUCUGAGGACAGCUACGGCCUAGUAUUUGGAAUAAACAUCCUAGUGUCCCUGAUUUUGCAGACCAUCCUCACGUACAUCGUCACCAGUGGACGUGUUUUCAAAUUACACAUUAGGCAACAGUUUGUGGUCUACGCCUGGUACUUCAUCGUUUUGGCAGUAUUAUUCGCUCCAGUGGCAGUCGUCACAAUUGUAAAAUCGUACAGAAGAGGUGCCAAUGUGACAGUGUGGGCUCCCCGAGAUGAUUCCAGCGAAUCAUCUUCUAAUCAAAAGAUCGAGGAACACUGUAGUUAGAUGUGAAUUUCCUUAGUCACUGACGACAGUAUUCUUAUUGGAAUGAAUAGUGUGAAUGUAGGGAAACGUAUUGAUGAGAUGAAAAAAAGAAAAUAAUUUUUUCCUGUUUUGAUUCGUCUUCUGACAGAUUGAAAGGUUUAUUAAUUAAGUUUCUAUCAAUUGUUAUGAAGAAAUAUUGAAUUAAAAGGAACUGAAGUUUUAUUUCUAUUACAUAAUUUAUGAUAGAAUUCUUUUAUAUUUCUAGCAAUAUUUUGACGGAAAAAAGUGAACGCAAGAAGAGAAGAAUUUUUUUCCGAUUUUGAUUUAUCUUUAGAAUAUUUAAAAAUGUUUCAUGUAUUAAAUUCCUAUCCAUGUUUAUGAAAAAAUAUUGAAUUAAAUAGAACUGGAUUAUCAGGAUUUAUUUCUGUUACACAAUUUAUAAUAGAAUUCUUCUAUAUUUCUGUCAAUAUUUUGAUGGAAAAACCUAAACGAAGAAAGGGAAGAAUUUUUUUCCUAUCUUAAUUUGUCUUUAGACUAUUUUGAAAUGUUUAUGUAUUCCUAUCCAUUUUUAUGAAGAAAUAUUGAAUUAAAAAGGACUGCAUUCCUAACUUUUAUAAUAUUGCUACGCAGUUUAUAAUAGAAAAUAUUUUUACAAUAAAAGUUGAUGUCAAUGUU